AUGGCGUCCGUCGUUGCUGCCUCGCGCGCCUUCACCGGCAUCACCGCUCGCCAGAGCACCAAGAGCGCCAAGGCUCGCAAGCAGGUGACCCGCGCAAGCGUGGAGUUCUACGGCCCCGACCGCGCCAAGUUCCUGGGCCCCUUCUCCGAGGGUGCGGUUCCCUCCUACCUGAAGGGCGAGUUCCCUGGCGACUACGGCUGGGAUACCGCGGGCCUGUCUGCCGACCCGGAGACCUUUGCCCGCUACCGCGAGAUCGAGCUGAUCCACAGCCGCUGGGCGCUGCUGGGCGCGCUGGGCAUCCUCACACCCGAGUACCUCCAGCGCUCUGGCGCGGUCGACUUUGGCGAGGCCGCCGUCUGGUUCAAGGCGGGCGCCUCCAUCUUUGGCGAUGACGGCCUCAACUACCUGGGCAACCCCCAGCUGAUCCACGCCCAGUCCAUUGUUGCCACCCUGCUGGCCCAGAUCGUGCUGGUCGGUACCGCCGAGGCGUACCGCUACGCGGGCGAGGGCCCCGUGGACACCAGCGGCGACAAGCUCUACCCGGGCGGCUUCUUCGACCCCCUGGGCCUGGGCGACGACCCCGAGGCGCUGGCCGAGCUCAAGGUCAAGGAGAUCAAGAACGGCCGCCUGGCGCAGGUGUCUGUCUUCGGCUUCUUCGUGCAGGCGCUGGUGACUGGCAAGGGCCCUCUGGAGAACCUGGAUGACCACCUCGCCGACCCCUGGAACAACAACGGCUUUGCUUACGCGGCCAAGUUUGUGCCGGGCCUUGGCAACUGA